CGUAAUUACGGGAAGUCCCUGAACCAUUUCACAAACGUUAUCUUUUCCCUCCUUUAAGAACUGAGCUCUGCACGAUGACUACAAGAUACAGACUUAAUGAGUUCUGAUUUGGCACUAUUCUUUAUUCUCAUAUAGGCAAAAACUAUCCUAGUGUUGUUAUGGCCUCUGGUGGUAUACCUGAUGACACCGAGAUUGACGCUCAGUUGGAGUUCACUCUUAGUGAUUUGGGAAGUGGCUCAAUAAAUCAGAACAUGUCUAGAAUUAGUGUUGAUGACGGAACAAUGGCUAUUGAUACUGGCGAGAGGUUUCAAGAGGAGUUUGUUGUGCAAGACCUAUAUACAAUUUUAGGAAAAGGUUUCCAAACAAUAGUGUUUGAGGCAACAAAGAAAAUGGAAAAUAAAAAAUUUGCUAUUAAAAGAAUACUAAAAAAUUCUAUUAAGGAUGAACAUAAGCGAGAGGUGCUGAGUUUGGCUACACUAGAUCAUGCUGGAAUUGUCAGAUACUUCAAUGCCUGGAUAGAACCAGAAUUAAAUGGGCAGAAACAGUGCCUUUAUAUUCAACUAGAAUUAUGCAGCUUCACACUUGGAGAUUGGCUUUUAACAAACAGUAACAGGACAAAAGAAACUGUGGAAGAUUAUUUUAAACAAAUUGUUGAGGCCCUUCACUAUAUUCACACUAAAAACAUUCUUCAUAGAGAUUUGAAACCAUCAAACAUAUUUAUUGGUGUCGAAGGUAAUGUCAAAAUCGGUGACUUUGGUCUAGCGAAAAUUCUUAGUGAACAAGAAUACAACUUUGAAAAUACAGUUGGUGCCUCUAGUCAUGUAGAACACUCACAAAUGAAAGGAACACCUGAUUAUAUGAGCCCUGAACAGAUAAACAGACAAACUUAUGAUACAAAGUCAGACAUUUUUUCUUUGGGACUUAUCUUUCUGGAAAUGUGCGUUGUAAUCAGUCCAGAAAAAAAGAAACAAAUAUUCACUGAGGCAAGGGAAGGGAAGUUUCCAGAACAAACUUUAUUCAAGACAAAAGUGUUUAAAGAUCUUCUAAAUCAUAUGAUAUCACAUGAUCCUGAACAACGCUUCACAGCUUCAGAGAUAUUAAAGCAUGAGAUUUUCAAUAAAACAAGAACUAGUAUAGCAAAGCGGAAUAUGAACAUCAAUAUUAAUAAUGUGAAUGGCAGUAAUGUGAUGAUUGGAAAUAACAAUGUUAUGAAUAUAAGUAAGACAAGUGACAUUCAGCAUAAGAAAGCAAAUAUUCUUUCAACUAAACCAAUUACAGUCUCAAAGCAAGAGCCAACCAGAGAUCAAUUGUUAGAUUUAAAAGAUGAGGUUGGACGUGACUGGAAAGAUUUGGGUCGCCGUUUAGACUUCAAAGAUGCUGUUUUAGACCAAAUGCAAGAGGACUAUCCUAAUAACACUGGAGAACUUGUGUAUCAAAUAUUAAAAAGAUGGAUUCAAAGAGAUGCAGAGAAUGCCACUAAAGCUAAACUGGCCAACAUUUUCAUUAAAUUAAACCGUGGAGAUUUGGCAGAUAUAUUAGCAGACAAUUAGAUUUCCUUGCAAAAUGUUCUGUACAAAAAUUAUUGUAUUUAUAUAAAUUGAAGUGUGAUAUGAAUUGAUCUUUAAAAUAAAAUAUUCAUUCUAACAAGAAAAAA